AUGAUAUUUAUUUUGGUUGUAGUGACGCAGAUAACGAUUGUAAUUUUGACAAUAAUUGGCUGUAAUGGUGAAUGUGAUGAUGAUGAUGAUGAUGAUGAUGAUGUUAGUUAUGUUAAUAAUGAUAGUAAUGGUUAUUUGAGCUGGAUAAGUAAAGGGAGAUUACUGUUUUUGUUACGUACCGACUUCUACAAUACGUUUAUUUCCCUUUCGAAUGUGGACGAUGAUGAUGAUGAUAAUGAUGAUGAUGAAGAAGUAGAAGAAGGUGAGGAUUAUGAUGACGCUGGUGAAUAUAACGAAAGCAAUCACAAUCAGGGUUACACUCAUUCACCUAUGAUUUUCCCAUUUAGAGUAUUUGUAUCAAGAAUUGUUGGUGAUGGUGAAAAUAGUAAUGGUUAUAGAGACGAUGUAUGUGGUGGCGAUGGUGAAAACGUUGAUAAUGUCAGUCUUAAUGAUAAUAAAUUAGAUGUUUCUGAUGAUGUAAUAGUGAUGAUGAAAAUGCAGAAUACUCAAAGUGAUGGAGAGGGUACAUUUGACGGUGGUGAAUGUGAUGCCAAUUGUGAUGAUGAUACUAUUGGUGAUGAUGAUGGUGGUGGUGGUGGUUACGGCAAUGGUUGA